CUGACAAUCUGCUCCAAAUGUUUUCCAUAUUUGUUCAGCCUCCUUGAUUCAAAUACCAGGAACAACUCAGCCAGCACAAAGCAAAGCUUUGGGGGGGCAAAAAAACUCACACCCCCAUCAGUGCGUGAACAAACGCUCACACAAGUGAAAACCUAAAGUUCCUCGGCAUGGGAAAGAAGGAGAAGAAACCCCAGCACAGCAGGUCCCCGAAUAACCAGAGCCAGACAGGAAAGGCACCCGAAGAGGAGAAAAGCACUGACUCGAGCAAGAUGAAGGAAUCCGCGAUGAAGAAGAAGAAGCAGAAGAAAACCAAGGGGGAUCCCAAAACUGGCCAGGAGGAGGAAUCCCACACUUGUUGUGGCUGCCGUUUCCCGCUGCUGUUUGCUUUGUUGCAGCUGGCAUUAGGCAUCUCUGUAACAGUGCUGGGCUUCCUUAUGGCAGGCAUCAGUUCUUCUCUGCUAGUCAGAGACACUCCAUAUUGGGCUGGGAUAAUUGUCUGUGUGGCAUCCUUAGUGGGAUUUGUUAUGCUUUGUAUUUCGUACCAACCUGAUGAGAAGACGUGUGUGCAGUUCACAGUGAAGCUCUUGUAUUUUCUCCUAAGUGCCCUGGGUCUGGUUGCCUGUGUUUUGGCAGUGGCUUUUGCUGCACAUCGUUAUUUGCAGAUGACGAAGUUUACCUGCGAUACCAUCCUCGAGUCCUGCCAGUGCAAACUGGACACUGCAGAUCCUCUCGGUAGAACCUUCACCUACCAGAACGCGUCUGACUGUGGCAGCCUCACCAGCAUUCUCAACCUGUACAUGCUUCUGCAGAUGGUUCUCAAUCUGAUCGCAGCCCUGGUGUGUCUGUCAGCAUGCUUUGUGAUGUGGAAACACAGAUACCAGGUCUUUUAUGUGGGCGUUCGGUUCUACCCUUUAAAUGCUACUGAAGGCCAGCAACAGCAAGUAUAAGGUCUGAGCUGGCAGGGGGUUGUAGCCAGGGAAUGGAAAAUGUCAGCAUGCUGCCACCAUGUACACCACAGAUGGAUGAGUGUUUAUAAGGUUUUUUACAAGGAAAAACAUUCACACAGUUUUAAUGAAUAUAUUUUUUCAGUCAUUUUUAAGAGCAUUUCAUAUGGCUGCUCUCGCAAAAGGUCCCUUGUGAGACUCUCCAGAGGUCACAAAGUCCUAAAGAUGCAGCUGUACAAAUGCUCACCAAAGAGGAUCUUUAAUAGCCAUAGACAAAAUGAGGAUUUAAAAAAUCAUUGGGAAAUCAUCUUCAGGUCUAUAGCAGUUAAGAAAUAGGGUCCAUUUUUCUCACUUGUAGAGACCUGUUCUUGCCUUCAGAGAAGCCAUACUGAUUUCUGUCAGGUAAAGAUCUGGUCCAAACUGCGUAAUUAUAAUGAUGCUGAUCAUGCUUAUGGAAUAUAUUGUCUCUUGGAUGCUCUGAGUAUAAUCCAAGCUAACCUGAUGGAGAUUUACCAUUUGGAAAAGUAAUAAUAGAGGUCGACACCUCUUCCAAUGCAGGCUGAGAUGAACAGCAUAGUAAAUAUAUUGACGACUGCCAUAUAAAAAAUGUAUAGGACUUUUCAGAGUGACUAAUGAUAUCAUUUACCUAAUCCAGUUACUAAUAAACAACAAAAACAGUGAGUUUACUAAUGGUGAUUUGGUGGGCCCUGCUUAAGACCCUAGAUAGAUUUCUGAAGUGCAAGUGCUCAGCACUUCCUUAGAAAAGAUCAUUUUAAGAUCUCUUGAGUUAUACUCCUGAAGUUGACGACCCUGAAUCACUGGUCACAUUGAAAACUGUGUUGACAUUGCUGUAAUUGCAGGCUCACAAAUCAGGCGUCUAGCCAGUUCCACCAAUUACACUCCAAGCACAAAAGGCCAAAUACAUUUUUGGUGUAACUCCUCUGAAGACAAUCAGCCUUACACACCAGCAGUGGAUUUGGGCCAACAACCCUGAAAGAUAUAUCCCUGUGGAAAUGAAUAUUUUUAAAAUGGGAUGGAGGGAGGAAGCAAGAAGAGACUGCCAGUCUCCCUAAAACAUAAUUUAUAAUAAUGAGGGCAAGAGAAUAACAAGCAGCAUAGAAUGAUAAACCACACUCAAGCAGUGCUUUUUCACCCUGAAAGUGUGGCUCUAGAACUGCUUUAUGUCUUAUUAGCCUUAUACUGAGCCUUAUACUGAGACAAGUAUGUCAGUUUAUCCCUUGAACUGUCAUUUCCACUUGCGCAGCAUGGACUUCCAAAUGUAGGAGCAAUUCUGAAUUGGCAGCAUUUCACAUUGCCUUCUGAUAGCUGAGCAAGGGCAAGGCAGCUGGUGCUCACGCCCUGCCUUGACUAGGGAUUUCCCAAUCCUUGCCAGAGCAAGGGUGUUUCUGAGGUGGGGUGGAGCAGUCACAUGCCAGAAAAAUUGUGCUACAAUCAUCAGCAAGGAGAACCAAAUAACAUUUCUAUAAGGUUUCAAAGACACAGAAACUUUCUUUUUCUGCAGCAAAAAGAGCCACAAAGGAAUAAAAAAAUCAAUUCUGGCAAAAGCUAUUUGUCUAAGUAGCUCUAAUCCUGCCAAAACUGUCUUCCAUAUGCUGAUCACAUGUUAUUCCAGGGCUAGAACAGCAUACAUCCAGGGUCUCUCAUGGUCCAUCUAAAGGACUGCUCUGUGUAUGUCUUAGAGUUUUUGUCAUGGAAAGAGCUUCUAGAAUAGACAUAGACUCACCAAGGUGGGUAGGUUGGCAGUGAGAAACAUGGCCUCUGGCAUCAGCAGGGACGUCUGUGCAGUGGUGAGAACCAGCCCAUCACCCCUCAACUCUGGCAGAGCAGCACUUGUGGAUCUAUGUCAGGGCCAGCCUCCUGUAUGAGAUGGAUAUGCAAGGCUGCCUCUCACCUGUUGCUUGUACUCAGACACUGAUUUGCCCUCCAUCCCUUGCGUGACUCCAGCUGUACUCUCUGUCAAAGCUUAGGGCAGGUGCCUCCCACCUACAGGACCCUCACUGUGCCCGCUCCUCCCGAUGACCAAAAAUGUGAGUUCUCCUCUCCACAAAGAAGAUAACAAGAAGAAGGAGAGGGAGAAAAGGAGAUUGAAUGGCAAAUGGGCUUUGGGGUUUCUUUCCAGCCCUGCCAUGAGGUGCUGUACCCCAACAUCUGGUGAAGCAAGAGGAAGGCUCUGCUGGCAAAGUCAUGUUUCCCACCCUGCCCUGUCCCAAAUGUCUAUGUUGUUCAGAAGAUAACUUGGUCUGCCAUGGUCUAGCUGAGACAGUGCUGUGUGCAGGCUGGCAACAAGCUGUUGUGGGAGAGGUCUGGCCAGCCCUGGUCCAGUGGCAUUUCCACCAGAGCUCGGCUUUUGUCUCCUUAAUCCUUUGACCUCUGUCUCACCCACAUGUUUUCACUCUGAGUCUCCCAUCAUCUGCCAGGCAAUGGACCCCUGGAAGGCAGCCUCUGUUAGAUGGGGCUGGAAUCACCUUGCCUGGCUUCUGCCUACUCACUCCUGUGCUUGGAUUUGCCAGGACUUUCCUAGAGCACAAAAGAUGUGGCAGUAAUGAUCACAGUGUCACUGCAAAUGUGUUCAACACAACAACAGUGAAGAGAAGAGAAGAGAGACCUGGACAAGAGAGACUGCUCUGCUUGGAAAGAUGUGCACUCCAGUAACAACACAUCCUCCAUUUAAAGCUACUACUGCUGAGUUCAGGUAGUUUAUCAGCACAUUGGUGUUUAACCCUUUCCUCUGGGAGAAACUAUUCAUUACAUACUGUGUUGUAGCUUUAAUGCUUAAUGAGUAAAUACAGGGCAUUUUGAUCAAGCAAAGAUUAACUCUCCCUUUAUAUAUCUCAAGAGCGUAAAAUCAAAAGAGAGAAGAGAGACUGGGAAAGAGACACAGUAGCAUUUGGAACCAGUUUCCCCUUGGGUAUGGUUUUAAAAAAUGUACUUUGCUGGGAUCAAGAGUUUUGGAGAGUACUAAUUAAAGCAUUUUCACCCAUCACAGCAUAUUCAGACAGCUCCCAGCCUUUUCCCAGUUUCAGAGUCCACAUGGACUGCAUCAGGAGAAAGUCUGGAACUAAAAGGCUCAGAAAGGACAGAGGUGUUGAAGAGAAAAACAUAUUUUUUUCCUGGGUAGUGGAAAUUUAUUCUCUGAGUGAAUUCUACAGAAUGGAGUAGGAUUAAACUGCUAUGGACACACAGAAGUUGCAAAGGGCUCUAUGUAAUUUACUCUCACAAACCCAGGUGUGAUUCUCAUUUGCACCCUGGCCACUUUAUGCUGUUUUCACAGUGUAAAGGGGUUGUAAAGACAGCAUCAAUCAUUUUUACACCUACUUUAUGGCCAUUUUACACAGCUAAAAGGGCCCUUUGUGUAAAUGAGAACUCAAGCCCUAGAGAAUUUAAUAGAGAGGAGAUCCUUUCUAUAGACUGUGCUAGACCCUCUAAUAGGGUCUAUUACAGGGAUAUAACUCUCCACUGGAUUUUAUAGCUUGGCUUAAAGAUCUUCAGUCUCGAUUAAAUUCAGUUCUGCAAAACUUUUCCAAAGGCUGCAACCCCCUGGUGACAUGACUUCUCCCCACCCUGAGAACACACAGUGAUGGUGUUGCAUGGAUAACUGCUUGUUUUUUAAAGGGAGAACCAGCAGCUACCACUUUCCUCUAGCUCUGAGGCAUUUUGAUGUUGUACUAUGCAAAUAUUGGAGCGACAAUAAUGGCAGUGAAAAGGGAACUGAGACAUGGCAGCUUACAUGGAGCCAAAAUGUCAUAUUCUCUACCUGAGCCGGCGCUGAGGUGGCACCCGCUCCCAAGGAGGGGCUGCAGUUCGCACCCCUCUUCAGCUGCCACUGGAAGGACAGGGGCCUGCAGACGAAGGGGAAGCUCCAUCGGGUCCUGGGCAUGUGCCAAGGCUGCCACCACCCCACUCCUCCUGCCACCGCCUUCACGUGAUGGCCAUCUGCGCCUGGCUGGCCCAGCCGGCUCUGCGUGGGCACCACUUGGAGCUUUGCCUAAAAACCAGCUCUGCGCAAGAGCGCUGGAAACUGUAAUCAACUCACAGGACUUCUCUUUUUUUUUUUUUUUUUCUUUCUUUCUUUUUUUUUUUUUUUUUUCAUGCUACCAGCUAAUGCAAUAUUUGCUUUGGGGGCUUUCGAAAGAGAAAGCACGCUGUGAGCGUGUGAGAGAAGCCGCAGUUCUGGUCCUCUAUAUUUAGAAAGUCAGGAUGUCAUACCUCCUCUUGAAAUUUUCAUAGUCUCCUGCACCCCACCCACCCACACACGUACACAUGCUUGUGUCUGGAAAAUGUUUUUCAGUCUUAGCAAAGGGUGUUGGCUUAGGGGGAUUCAAGGGAGGUGCAGAGGAACAACAGCAGCUCAGUCCCAAGCAUGAAGCUCGAAGCCUUCUUAAGGCACCGGGUGGCAUGGCAGCCAGUGGGGGGCCAUUCCUGGCCCGGAUCAUGCAUGGCAAAAUCAGCUGAAGUUGAGGAUCAUUCCCAUUGUUGGACUGUAAUGUAAAUCCUGAGGCAGGGCCAAGUUUUUCUGAGAUGUGUGGAAACCCUCUGCCACGUCACGUGAGGCGGCGCUGUACCCUCAGCCGACUUCUUCCUGAGCUCAUUUUUAGGUGACAACACACAGACCGUAGCACCUGUGGCAAGGGCUCCAAGAAGAUCCAUUUAGGUGCUAGCUUGUCUCAGGUCUCCACAGUCCCCCUGCAGGGAGUUUUUCUUUCUGCUCCCCACUGCCUCCUGUAAUGACUAGUGAGUAGCAUUUAUCCUCUGCUAAAUUGGUGCUGUAGUCAAAUAUUAUAAAUAAUGAUUCCAUCUACAAAGACCAGGAUACAGCUUCCUUUUGGUUUUGGUAGCUGAUUUUCUUGCCUUUGUCCAAGUAAACUGUUGACGGACUCAUCUAAACUUUAAACUUGUUUUGGGGGGACCGGGGAUUUCUUCUUCUUUUUUUUUUUUAAUGAUUAAAGCAAUGCUUAUUUCAUUUGUUACCAUAAUGCUUUCCCGUACCACAAAGCCAUCUUCGUAUUAGAGCAUAGACAUUAAGGCCCACUUACAGCACCUGACUGCAGAGAAAGCAUAGAGCUGAGCCCCACCGAAGGUCACAAAUGACCCCUGCUUCACCUAGGUGGACCCAGCCAUCCCUGCCUGCAUGAGCAUCUGAGACCCAGCUGUGGAGCACCAGCGGGACCCCAGCCUGAGCUGUGAGAAUAAUCUGCAGAAGGUGGUUUGAAUACAAACAAAUUGCUCCUUCAGUCAGAUGUAUUCUGAAUGACAAGCGCUGGGUUGACCUCAGGUUACAGGAGGUAUAGAGAGUGACACUGAUUAAGGCAACCCUCAGCUUAAGAGCCCUGAUUGUCCUGGAAAUGAGAUAUUUGAGUAAGGCAGGUGUUUAACCCCAUUUCACUCUCUGUGGCUAUGUAAAGAUAACUGAGUUUUUAAAAGGCCCAAAGCUGACGGAACAGGUAUUUCUUCUUACUUCAUAGUAGGAUUUCUCUUUCACCAAAAUUGUGAUGAGAUGGAGCCUUUGUCUGAUCUAUAAGCCAUUGGUUGGGAGCAUCACUGCUGGAGCUCGAGUUGCUGGCGUGCAAAGGGACACGGAAGCCACCUCGCAUCUUUUUGGCGACCUUUUUUUACAGCCCCACAGCUGCCAGUGCUGGCACAGUGAGGGUAGGGGCAGCCAGUGGACCAGAUCUGUAAUGUGCCUGAGCAACCAAGCCCUAUAGCUAUCCCUGUUUAUACUGAGUACACUGGCCACCAGCGUUCACGGGAUAAUUUAGGCAACAACUGCAAUGAAAAUAAUUGAAAACAGGCAUCUACAGUUUCCCUUCCACCUUGUGAAUCCAAGCUGGUGAGGGAACCAAGGGUAGCUGAUGGAAAAGCAAAAGCCUCCCAUUGCUUUUCACUGCCCAAGCCUGCCAUGGUGCUAAGAAAAAACAAAACAGUACAGAAAAUAACCCACCACAAAUCAGGCACUCUAGACUUUUAGUUUUCAUGAUCUGAGGUGUUAUUAGGUCAGAAACACAAAAACCAGUUUAUUUGUAUGGGGUCCUCCCUGCUGGUCCAAGUCUCCCAAGCACCAGAGCACUGCAUCAGAUGGGGACCCACUCAGCCAGACUUUUUGUCACCACAGGAAUUACAUUUUGUAACCUAACUAUGCUGGAGGGUGGGGAAGGGCACUUUAGUCUUUACUUAUAUAUCCGUAUGUACUCUGUUAAGGCUACUGUAUUCAGAUUCAGUAUUUUUUCUUGUGCACUAAAGGAAAUGCUAGGAUCUCGACUUGCCAAAGUCUAUGCUUUUGAAUUAACAGGAGUUGCAUCUCUACUUUAUUUCUAAUAAAAUUUAUCUCACUUGCUCCACCCAGGUUUCAGUGUUUCU